AUUAUUGUAGGUUAUAUAAUGGCAACACUUGAUUAAUAUUACUUGAUCUAAAUGUUGGAAAUAUGUUUGAUUUGUCCUGGUUAUAUAAAAUUUAAUAGAUUUAACAAUGUUUCAGCGAGUGAUAUUGGACGUGGAAAAAUAAAAUACUAUAAAUAAGUGCAUCUAAAACACCAAAAUGAAUGAGAGGGAUAUUCCAAGUGUCCCUGUUACUACAUUAGCAGGUGUCGCCAGUUUGACAGACCUAUUACCAGUGUUACCACUCCCUACGCCAUUGCCAUCAACAUUAAACAACAAGUCUCAGCUAUUCCAUCCUAGGGUAGCAGAAGAAGCUGCUAUACUACUAGCAACACAGGAUGAAAACUUAGUUUCCUUACUAUUACAAUCUCUUAUGCAAACAUCAGUACAGCACAUAGACCUCAAAGAUGAAAGCAUACCAAAUGCAAUUAGUCCUGGCCCUCAACAAGCUACUCCAGAAUUAUUAAAAGCAAUAUUGAAUGUGAAUCCAAGUGUGUUUGAUCAACAACAAAGAAACCAUUGGGGCAAUAAUCAUUUGCACUCUUCAAAAUUUAAUGGACUAUCACCCUCUGGAUCAUAUAAUUACUCCCCUCAUAACACAUCUGUUCACUCCAGUCCAUCUUCACAUGGACCUGCAAUACACUCUGCAACCAUUCCAAAUCAGCAGUUAUUGGCCCCUCCAUGUCAAUCUUCUCCUAAUGUUAAUAUUGGAUCUCCACCCUCACAGUCUAGACCAGGCAUGCAAGUUAAUAUUACUGCCCAGAAUAAUGUAUCUCCAUUGUGGAAUAAUGCAAAUUCUUCCAAUGUCUACAGUAGCCCAUUAUCAAACACCUCUGGAUCAAAUUCUCAAAAUGGUGUCUUUUUUAAUAGUCUGGGACAAGAUAACAGAAGUUUUGGCACUAACAUAGGUGAAGAAAAAGAUCCCCUAUCUAUGUCACCACGAAACCAAACUGAUCAGCAAAGACUUUUAAUGAAAUCUCAAGAUAAAGCUUUUGAACAAGGCCAGUCGCCCGCGCAAGCGAGUGUGGCGCCGUCGCCGCUACGGCUGGAGCCCCACGUGCCUCAGCCGUCGAUGGGCGCACCCUACGCAACGCCGGCCGCGCUCGCCGACAAGCAGGAGCCCAACAAGAGUACCAGUGUCAACAAUAGAUACCCCGUCGUUAAAAUUGGUCGCUUAUCUGAGGGAGUAUUAAAGAAACACGAAUCGACAAGUGAAGAAAGAUCCAGAAAAAACAGCACAGUUGAAUCAGAUUCUGAUGAUAAUAUACCGUUAAAAGCAAAAAAUAAUAACACUACACCAAGUGUAGAUAAAGAGAGGGAGGCGAUUGACAUAGCUAGAGAGAAAAACUGGGAGGCAGUGAAGCGGAAACAUGAGGAAGCUAGUAAAAAGGAGGAAGCUGAAGCUGCUAUUGUUCGACCCAAAUUACGGAAAAUUGAAAGAAGAUUGGUACCUGUAAUUGAAAUGUUAUCAAUAGACGAACUGAUGGAGUCAAACACCUAUCAAAGAUUCAAUAAAUUAAUUGAAACAGUAUUUGAAACAAUUGAUGACGAUAUUUUAAUAACUGAUGAAAUGGAAGGCACAGAUAUUCCUGAGGAACUAUUAUUACCACGUUAUCAGUUGCAAGAGUUAUGUUCUGAAGCAGCUAAAUUAAAGAAUCUUAGCGCUAUGGAAGCAAUCCCUUCAGAUAGAUUAGUUCGAUUAUUAAGUAUUUUGGAGAAAAAUAUUAGAGCUGCUGAAAAAAUGUCCCUUGUUGGAGACCCUGAGGACAGUGAAGAAAUGCGACAGAUUUGGAUGGAGUCCGCGUUAGAGAGAGUGAUGUGUGCGUCGGACGCGUGUCUCACCGCCUUGUAUAUAAUGACCUCUGCUAACAUGCCUAAGCGCGUCUUUCUAGAGGAUGUUAUAGAUAGAAUCAUUAUGUUCAUAAAAUUUCAGCUAAACAACACAAUUUACUGUGUAUAUGACCCUGUAUAUAGUAUACAAACUACAUCUAAAAAGAAAGUGGACGGGCGCAAGCGGCGGGGCGGCGGUGCGGGCGGCGUGUCGCGGCGCGGGGCGGGCGGGGGCGGGGGCGGGGGCGCGGCGGGCGCGGGCGCGGGCGGGCGCGGCGUGCGCGAGCUGUACUCGCACGCGCACGAGAGCGUGACGCUGCUGGCCGAGCUGCUGCACCAGCACCAGCUCACCGACACCACAGUGCUGCACGCCUCCACCGUCGGCGUCUCGCCUUUCUUCGUAGAGAACGUCAGCGAACUGCAGCUCGCCGCGCUCAAGCUCGUCACCACGAUAUUCACAAAAUACGAACAGCACCGGCGGCUGCUAUUAGAGGACAUUCUGGCUUCCAUUGCACGUAUCCCAAGUUCGAAACAUAACUUGAGAUCCUUCCAAUUGAACUCAGACCAACACAUCCAAAUGUUAACGGCGCUUGUACUUCAACUGGUUCAGUGUGUGGUCACAUUGCCAGAAACUAUGUGCAAGACACAGGAUAAAGACAAGGAUAAAGAGCAUUCAGAGUCGGACAGCAAAAAACACAUAGACAAAGAUCUAUUGAUAAUAUCGAAGUACGAAGCAGCAAUAAACGUGGGUGGCACGUUCCUGACGUCAUUCCUGAACAAGUGCCGGAGUCGCUCGGAGGAGGUAGACUUCAGGCCCCUGUUCGAGAACUUCGUGCACGACUUGCUCACCACCGUCAACAAGCCCGAGUGGCCCGCCACUGAGCUGUUGCUCAGUCUGCUUGGUACAAUGCUGGUGAAAUAUAUGUCAGAUAAGACAAUGGAAAUGCCAGUUCGGGUGGCGUCGCUGGAGUACCUGGGGCUGGUGGCGGCUCGGCUGAGGCGCGACAGCGUGCACUCACGCGCCAAACUCUCCACCAUGGACGCUGUGGUCAGGGACAUUCGCGCUGAGGAGGAGAAGGACGGCAACCAGACCCUGCAAAAUAUAACAUCUGGCCUCGAUGAGGAUGAAGAAAGAACUGAAUUUCUUCAGCGAGUACUACUCGAUUAUCUGGCGAUCAAUGGGCAGAAAGACCAGGCUUGGAACUGCGCGCGGCAUUUCUAUAUCACACAGUGGUAUAGAGAUAUGGUUGUUCAACCGAAAGCUUCUCCCACGAAAAGUAAAAGCAAACACAAGUCCAAAAAAAAGUACAGUAAAGAUGACACCAGUGACGAAGAAUCCGAAGCGGACGAGGACAGCGACGGCGGCGUCAAAAGUUCUAAAGAUAAGAAACUGCAACUAACGAGCUCAAUAAUGUCGGCAGAAAAGUACAAAACUGUGGAGAGGCGAAAGAACUUCUUCCUAGAUAAAAUUCGGCCGUUCAGGUAUCAGGGCGGUUCGCAGGUCCAAGUGAUGCAGUCGUACAUCGACUACAGCGGCGCGGAGUUGAUCUCCCAGUACUUGGCGUCGAAGCGGUCGUUCUCGCAGAGUUUUGACCGGUACCUGCGUAAGAUAUUGGUCAUAUUGUGCGAGAACACGAUAGCCAUCAGGACGAAAGCCAUGAAGUGCCUAGCGAUGAUCGUGGAGGCGGACCCGGCGGUGCUGGCGAGGCAGGACAUGCAGAUCGGCGUCAACCGCAGCUUCCUGGACCAGUCCACGGCCGUGCGCGAGGCCGCCGUCGACCUGGUGGGCAAGUUCGUGCUCAGCCGCCCCGACCUCAUCGACAAGUAUUACGGCAUGCUCUCCAGUAGGAUUCUGGAUACUGGUGUGUCAGUGCGAAAACGUGUGAUAAAAAUUCUAAAGGAUAUUUGUAUAGAGUGUCCAGAGUUUCCGAAGAUACCUGAGAUCUGUGUUAAAAUGAUUAGGAGAGUGAAUGAUGAAGAGGGUAUCCGGAAGUUGGUGAUGGAAGUGUUUCAGAACAUGUGGUUCAGCCCCUGUGCCAACUCGUCGCGGCCCGGCACGCUGGACAUGACCGCCGCCACCGCCGACCCCCUCACUAGGAAGGUCCUCAAUAUUACUGAUGUCGUCAUAUCUUCCAGAGAUAUGGGCUUAGAGUGGUUUCAACAGUUGUUGAUGAGUUUAUUUAAGCCUAAGGAGGACAAGGAGGAUUCCACGAAAAUAAUUUAUCAACCGCCUAAAUCUUUAUUAGUAGCUUGUCAACAAAUUGUUGACUGUCUCAUUGAAAAUUUGCUUCAGUUAGAAGAAUCUACUUCGGAAGGUUCUGCCUCAUCACAGCGCAUUCUGGCGUGCCUUUCUACAUUGCAUUUAUUUGCUAAAAUUAGGCCUCAAUUACUAGUUAACCAUGCCUUAACGUUACAACCAUACUUGAGUUUAAAAUGCCAGAACCAACAUGAACAACAGAUAAUGUCAACGGUAGCGUCAACAUUAGAACUCGUAGUGCCUUUGAUGGAACACCCGAGCGAAGUGUUCCUCGCGCAGCUGGAAGAAGACGCCGUGAAGCUGAUUCUGCAGCGCGGGCAGCUUGUCAUCGCCUCGUGUAUAGCGUUAUUGGCGGCGAUUGUCAACAACCUCACGCGCAACUAUAAGCUUAUUAGGGACGUGUUCAAUAAAUAUCACGGUGUGCUUCUUCAGUGGAAACAAAGCUGGCAGCGGAAUCCAGAUUUAACGCGAUCGUUACCACGGCCACAUUUUAGGCGGGCGCUGUUCAUAGUGGGGUUGCUACUGCGGUACUUUGACUUCACGGAGGCUAAAGUAAUCGAAGGGUUGCCGAGUGAUAUCAAAGAGCAAGUAUAUUCUAAUUUAAUGUAUUUCGUGGGUUUGGAAGACGAGGACUUUGUUACGCACACGCUAAAAGCGCUUGGUUCCGUUUGCGUUCGGCAUUACGAGUUCAUGUUACAACCGGAGUUGAAGGAGUUCUACCAUCAACUGCUCACCUCUGACCUAGCACCAAUAGAAAUGAAAGCGGAUGUACUCAGGAACAUCGAGAUGUACUUACAAGAAGAGGAACAAAGGAUGAUUAGGCAGGAUAAGGAGUGGUCCAAGCGAUCAAAACUAGAAAACCUCAAAGAAAUGGGUGAUGUAUCCUCCGGUAUGGCAUCUACAGUGAUUCAAUUAUAUUUAAAACAGAUCCUAGGUUCGUUCCUGCAUCCGAGCACAGUUGUGAGGUCUAGUGCUAUGAAGGUUGUGCAGCUGGUUUUGGCCCAAGGCUUAGUGCAUCCUGUACAGAUUGUACCUUACUUAAUAUGUAUGAGUACAGAUACCGAAGUGACGGUAUCGCAUACCGCCGACAAAAAUCUGCAAGAUAUUGAUAAGAAGUAUCCCGGUUUCAUUCACAUGAAAGCACAAUUAGGAAUAAAGCUCUCAUAUCAGUUACAAAAAAUUCUACAAUCAAAUUCGAAUGAUUGCGUCAUAAGAGGGUUUAGGAAAAAAGAUCAAGACGAUCUACCGACCUCUCUCAACGGCUUCUUGUAUUCUUUGUUACGAAACACGCGGCCGCAGAGGAGAGCGUUGGUAUUGUCUUUACUCAAACAGUUUGACGAUGUUUCCACUGCUCCCUUGGAUCAAAUGUUGUACCUGGCAGAUAAUUUAAGUUACUUCCCAUAUCAAGUUCAAGAUGAACCACUUUUUAUUAUACACCACAUUGAUAUUAUAAUAUCCACAUCUGGAUCAAAUUUAUUGCAGCUUUUUCGUGAGGGUUUAGUUAAAACCAGCACGGAGGAGAAAGAGCCAUUGGACGAGGAAGAAGACGAAGAAGAAGCCGAAGCCCUACUGGCGCGGUUACCGGUGUCCACGCGGCCGCUGCGGGACGCCAUGCGGCAGGCGCGCGGCUGUCUGCUGCUGCUGGUGCUCAAGCAGCAUCUGAAGCAGCUGUACGGGUUCACUGACGCUAAAAUCAACCAAUACUCGCCGUCGGAGAACGUGAAGGUGUACGAGAAGGCGGUGUCGCGGCGUCACGCGCCCGUGUUCAGCCCCAAGGCCACCAUCGCGCAGCUGGCCGAGCCCGAGCACGAGCACGAGCUCGACGACCGCGGCUGUCGGCGGCUCGUCGACGACUAUCUAGAGUUUAAGCAACUCAUGCUUAAAUUCGACCCCGAAGAGGAGGAAGACGAGGAGGCGGGCGGGGCGACGGGCGGGGCGGCGCCGGGCGCGACGGAGAGCGCAGCGCCGCCCGCGCCCUCCGCGCCGCCGCCCGCCACCUAGCGCCGCGCGCGCUGAGCUCCCGAGCCCCACACGGAUGCUCCACUUUGUUUUAUAUUAAAGUCUUGUGUGUAGAUAAUUUUUAUGAGGAAUAUAAACUAUAUGUACCUAC